AUGGGGAGUUAUGGACUUCAGUCCAAGGAGGGUAGGGAUAUGGUGAUUGUCAUCCUGGUUUUUGGAUGGAUUGCGAUUCUCUCGACAGUUCUACGGGUGGUAUCCAGGAGGAUGAGGAAGGUUGGUUUGGGAUUGGAUGACUAUUUCAUGCUACUGGCGACAUGUAUGGUGAUUGUAUCGACAAUAGUCGUGAUUAUGACUGUCACCAAAGGAGGCGUGGGAUUACAUGCGCUGGAUCCGGUCGCGUGGGUGGAUAUUGAAUUUGUGUUGAAGAUGAUUAUCGUCUGUCAAGCCCUCUAUGGAGUGGGUCUCGCCCUUGUCAAAACGUCCAUGAUGAUCCUUUACUAUAAACUAUUCGGCACAAAGAAGAGUAUGCGACUUGCGAUUUACACGACCGGCGCAAUUGUAUGGGCUUGGGCUCUCAGUAUCGUUCUAGAGUCAUUUCUGCUCUGUCACCCCAUUCGAUAUAAUUGGGACCCUAAAAUAGCAGGAGGUGGAUGCGGCAACCGAAAUGCAGCCUUUGUCGUGGCUGGUGUGUUGAACAUGGUCACCGAUUUUAUGGUCAUGUCUCUUCCAAUUCCAUACAUAAUGAAGCUCCAGUUGCCGAUUGGGCGGAAAGUGGGAUUGGUUAUUGCUUUUAGUCUGGGACUCUUUGUCAGCGCCGUCAGCAUGGUUCGAGUGGUCAGCCUUUUACGCAUCAACUUCGACGAUGUCACCUAUACCCUUCCCUUACCUCUUAUGUGGAGUAUCGUCGAGGAGCAACUCGCUAUCGUUGCAGGAAAUCUACCCCUUCUUCGCAGGAUUUUCUCUUCAAUGCUUCCAGGAAGUUGGAUUGGGUCAUCAAAUCACAGAACAGAUAGUCACGGUCAAUCAUAUGGGUUUGGCGCGAAGAAAAAUUAUGCUAUCACUCGGAUGGAUCAGGGGUCUAAUAAGAGUGAGAUCACUUCUCAAAAGAUGAAACAUGGUGCCCAAAUCAGCCAUACCAGAUGGAGCGAUGAUGGUAUGGACGGAAGUUCAGAUGUUGAGUUGACCUCCAAUGUGGCGCCUCCAGGCGGGAUUCAAAUAUCUAAGGAGUUUCGAGUUGAUUCGUCUGAUUGA